AUGAGGAUCCAGGUUCAAAUUGGAAUCGAAUGUGUGGUUGUGUCUUGUUCGGAAGAUGAAAGUAUUCAUGCGAUGGUUGAGCGAACGAUCAAAAAACUUCGAAAACUCAAGCCUGAAAUCGUACCAACUACUGAUUUCAAAGAGAUCCGAAGAACAAUCGGAAAUUCUUUGCUUGAUCCCGAUGAUCUAGUUGGAGAUAUUCUAAAGGACAACGAUUAUGUUAUCAUUACUCUUGAUGUUCAUGAGAAUGGAGAAUCAACAGAUCAAAAAAUCGAGAAGAUUAAGUUGAAUUUGGAAAAACCAAAGAGAAAAAUCACUUUCGAUUUUGAUCCAUCUCCUGAUUGGGGAAUGAUGGAGAAACCGACAAAAUUGUUGGUUUUGGAUGGGAAUUCGCUAAGACCCGAGGAUCUUGUGAAAUGUGAAAAAGGGCAAUGUAUUCUACAGCUCUCUCUCGAAGCCGAAGGACGAGUGAAAAAGAGUCGAGAUCUUCUCGAAAAGAUUGCCAUUGAACAUAAAACUGUUUAUGGAGUGACAACCGGUUUCGGCACAUUCGCCAACGUGAUUGUUUCAGCGGAUAAAUUGAAACAACUUCAACUUAAUCUAAUUCGUUCACAUUCAACAGGAUAUGGACAACCAUUGAGUCCAUCAAAAGCGAGAAUGCUUCUAGCUUUAAGAAUCAACAUCUUGGCCAAGGGAUAUUCGGGAAUCUCGUUAGUGAAUUUGAAGAAAAUGAUUGCCGCAUUUAAUGCGUUUUGUGUUUCAUAUGUCCCACAACAGGGUACAGUUGGAUGUUCGGGAGAUCUUUGUCCAUUAGCACAUCUUGCACUUGGAUUGUUAGGAGAAGGGAAAAUGUGGAGUCCUAUCACAGGAUGGGAUGAUGCGUCAAAAGUUCUAUCAGUAAAUCAUCUUGAACCAAUGGACUUGGGUCCAAAAGAGGGUUUAGCUCUUAUCAAUGGAACACAAAUGGUGACCGCACUUGGAGCCUACACUGUUGAGAGAGCGCAUAACAUUGCGAGACAGGCCGAUGUGAUUGCCGCGUUGACUCUCGAUGUACUCAAGGGUACCACAAGGGCAUACGAUGCGGAUAUUCAUCGUAUUCGUCCACAUAAAGGACAAAAUGAUACAGCGAAACGUCUCCGCGCUUUGCUCCAUUCGGAUGCGAAUCCAUCACAAAUUGCGGAAUCCCAUCGUCACUGUAAUCGUGUUCAAGAUGCGUACACUUUACGAUGUGUUCCACAAGUUCAUGGAAUUGUUCAUGAUACAAUUGAUUUUGUGAAAGCAAUCAUUGAAAUUGAAAUGAACUCAGCCACUGAUAAUCCACUCGUUUUUGCUGAAAGAGAAGAGACAAUUUCGGGAGGAAAUUUCCAUGGAGAAUAUCCGGCUAAGGCUCUCGAUUAUCUAGCGAUUGCUGUGAGCGAGUUGGCACAAAUGAGUGAAAGAAGAUUGGAGAGACUCGUCAAUCAUGAUUUAUCGGGCCUUCCCACAUUUCUCACUCCAGAUGGAGGCCUCAAUUCGGGUUUCAUGACUGUUCAACUCUGUGCCGCUUCUUUAGUUUCUGAAAACAAAGUUUUAUGCCAUCCGUCAUCUUGUGAUUCAAUUCCCACAUCUUGCAAUCAAGAAGAUCACGUCUCGAUGGGUGGUUUUGCAGCAAGAAAGGCGUUAACCGUUGUCGAACAUGUUGAAGCUGUGUUGGCUAUGGAACUUCUAGCAGCAUGUCAAGGCAUCGAAUUCCUCAAACCACUCAUCAGCACAGCUCCACUCAAUAAAGUCUAUCAAAUGGUUCGCACCGUAUCACCUCCAUUGAAUGAGGAUCGUUUCAUGCAACCGGAGAUCGAGAAAGUCAUUGAAAUGAUCCGUGAUAAUAAGGUUUGGGAGUGUGUGGCUCCUCAUUUGAAGACUUUAGGCGACUUGGAGGAACUUGAUCCCGAUGCUUUGAGAUCAAAUCUCAAAACGCCAACUGGUGUCACUCUUCUGAAUGUGAUGGAUGACGAUGAGGAAGAUGUUCAAUCAUCCGAUGAAAAUGAGGAGAUUAAAAAAGCUGAAAAUAAU